CUACAUCCUUCAUAAGAAAAUCAUGGCGGCGAGUUUGAUUUGCAAUGGCAUUUUCUGUCGUCGUCUCCAAGCCACCGUGCUCUGUCAAUGUUACAAGGCCCUGCACGUUUCUGUGGGCGACACAGUGCACGCGGAACGCACCUUCACCGAAGCCGACGUUGAAACGUUCGCUAAACUCACGGGAGACACUAAUCCCAUCCACCUUGAUCGGGAGUACGCUCGACGUAAACACUUCCAACGACGAGUGGUUCACGGAGCACUCAUCAAUGGCAUAGUCUCUUCGGUUAUUGGAACCAAGAUGCCGGGACCAGGAUCAGUCGUCGUGCGCCAACUUCUAGACUUUCCGAGGCCCCUGUUCAUUGGAGAGCCCUUCAGGGUAACCGUGAAGGUGACUGCAGUCCGGAAAGCCAUCGUGAAUUGCACGUACGAGUGCAUCACAACAUACGGGAAAAAAGUCAUGUCGGGCGAAGUCAAGCUCUACCUCCCCCAGGAUCAAACCAACCUUGAUCAAUAAAUCUUACCGUCUCGCAGCGAAGCCAGUACUCGGUCAUUCCCUCGGGGCCGGGCACCUCCAGGCGGAUCCCGUACUUGCCCUGGGCCAGGUACACGUCUGGUGUCACCUCGGACCCUGCGGAAGGAACAGGAUGUCGCC